AUGAACCAAAGGUUUACAAGACUCCCACAGGCAGCGUGGGCAUCCCCUUCAUCAGGUGGUGAAUGCGACUACAACGCCAGGGUUCUUUACCUUCCGGACUAUCUUUUUGCUCACCUACCAACUUAUUUCCCCCAAGCUUGGUACUUACACAAGACCUCAGAUCUAGAAGGUGACUGGGUUGAAGAGGACAUCGCAUUUGGUGGACUUCGGCCCUGGAUGUGUCAAAUAUUGUCGGUAUUGCAACAUCCAUGUCUGCCCUUCAACUCUCAUCAUAUAUGUUUGCCACACCACACAGUGGAAGGUACUCACUUUCAGCAAGCACUUGCACCUCUGAUGGCACAACUAGUGUUUAAAGGUUCAGUUCAGUCUGGUUUUUUGCCCCGAAAAUGCGCAACCGUGGACCGAAACCGGUCCAGGACCGACCCAGAUAUUGAGGGAACCGAACCGAACCACCUAGGACCGGUCUUUUGCGGUCCAUGA